UGUACAACUAUUCGAUAAGUCAAGUCAUUUUGAACUCCUAGGAACCAAACACAACAACGCAAAGCGAGUGUGCGAGGAAAUAUCCAGCGCUCAUUAUUAUACUGAAAUUACUUUUCGACCGUCCAAUUUUGGGGAUUUCAUUUGAUUCUUUCUAUAUCAAUUCACCUCUUUUUUUUCGAAAGUCGUUUCAAUAAGAACGUCAACUUUACGAAGGACAAUAAACGAAACCGAUAAUACCACUCAUUCAUAGUCCUUGCUAACCGAACAUUAUCAAGCGUCUUGUCUAGAGUUCUCAUUAUCGUUUCCCUUUACGACUGUUUUUUCCCGGGUCUUCUUUUUUUUGUGGUUGAAUAAGCAACUUAGUUCUACAGACUCUUGCAAUGACCAACCCACAAGAGCAUUGGAGUGCUUCUCAGCGUCCACUCACGCAACCAUUCAACCGUCAACAAGGUCACCCCCCUGUGUUACCACCCCCAGCAACACUUGAAACAGGAACUCAAUCGUACUACACGUUGCCUAAUCUUCCAAGUUUGGGAAAUGGUGUUGGCCACCCACAACCUGGACACACGUUUACUAUUCCAUCCAUUAACUCCUCGAGUGAACCUGUUUCUGUGAAUCAAGUAUCCUCGGAACAUGGAAGACGUCCUUCUGAAGUUUCUCACAACGGUUCUGCUGCACAAUUGCCACCACCAUCGUCAAUAGCUCCGGAACCCCAACCCCAGCCGCAACUGCAAGGUCAACUGCAAGCUCAACCGCAACCACAACAGCCACUGCAACUGCAACCACAAGCUCAACCACAGCCCCAACCUCAACCUCAACAAGCGAUUCCACCACCUCCACAGCAACAACAAGCCCAACAAAUUGUUGCCUCUGGUGCUCCAGGACCUCUUCCACAAGGUGUCCCUAAUAGGUCCACCACUACAAACAUCUACAGACCAUUAAAUGUGAAAGAUGCUUUGUCGUAUUUGGACCAGGUUAAAAUUCAGUUCUACAAUCAAGCUGAUGUCUACAACAACUUUUUAGAUAUCAUGAAAGAUUUCAAGUCCCAAAGCAUCGACACCCCAGGGGUUAUUGAUAGAGUCUCUACCUUGUUUAGAGGUCAUCCAAAUUUGAUCCAAGGGUUCAAUACAUUUUUACCUCCUGGAUACAGAAUUGAAUGUUCUUUAGAUCCAUCAGAUCCAAACCCAAUUAGGGUUACAACUCCAACCGGUACUACCACCAGACCGAAUAUUAAUGUAAAUUAUAAUCAAAACUGGGGUAAUGCUGCUGGUCCAACUCAACAAGAAGCAGCUGCUGGAGCAAUAAGUUUGAGUGGGGGCGCACCUGGUCAUGGCCAAGGUCAACCUCCAAUCCCACCCCAUCAAUUUGUUCCACAAGUGGCGUAUGGACAACCACAAGAGCAACAACAACAAGCUGGGGGUCAAGUUGAAUUUAACCAUGCUAUUUCUUAUGUCAACAAAAUUAAAACUAGAUUUGCUAACCAACCUGAUAUCUAUAAACAAUUUUUGGAGAUUUUGCAAACCUACCAACGUGAGCAAAAGCCAAUUGGUGAAGUAUAUGAACAAGUUACUGUUUUAUUUGCCAACUCUCCGGACUUGUUGGAUGAUUUUAAGCAAUUUCUUCCUGAUACAAGAAGUCAAGUUUAUGUUCAACAGCAAGAACAAGAAAACGGAUACUAUGGUCCAGGAUCUCAAUUACCACCAGUUGGAAACUUCCCACCACCUUCUGCCACCUCAGGUAUUCCACCAUUUGGUGCUCAACCUCAAUUUCAACAGGCAGCAUACCCAAUGCUUGAUAAUGCUUCUGGAGAAUCAAUUCCUUCAAGGCCAGCUGAUCACCAAGAGCAUCACCAACCUGCACCUGUUCCAAAGGAUAGAACUUCUGUGUCUGAAGCUGCUGGAUACGAUGGAUAUACUCAAGAAUCUCAAUAUUCAGGCGUUCGUUCCUCGAUUCAACCGGUUACAAAGGGUAAAUCCAGUACACCAAGCAACAAUAAGAAUGCGGUAGUGAUCACAAAUCCAACUUUGGUACCUGGUGUCCCUGAGCCUGUCCCACCUUCCGCUACUGUAAAGUCCUCCUCAUUACUGGAAGAAAUUGGAUUCUUUGACAAGGUGAAAAAGGCACUUGGUAAUAAGCAAACUUACAAUGAGUUUUUGAAGGUGUUAAAUUUAUUCUCUCAAGAUAUAAUUGAUAAAGUAACAUUGGUGGAGAGAGUAGAUUCUUUCCUUGGCGAUGGUCAUGCUGAUUUGUUACAAUGGUUUAAGAUGUUCGUUGGAUAUGAAGAAAAACCACAACAUAUUGAAAACAUCACUUUCAAGAAGCAUCAAUUGGAACUUUCACUUUGUAAGGCAUAUGGUCCUUCUUACAGACAAUUACCAAAAGCUGAAACUUAUAUGCCAUGCUCUGGUAGAGAUGAAAUGUGCUGGGAAGUUCUUAAUGAUGAAUGGGUGGGCCACCCAACCUGGGCUUCCGAAGACUCUGGUUUUAUUGCCCAUAGAAAGAAUCAAUACGAAGAAAUUCUUUUCAAGAUUGAAGAAGAGAGACAUGAAUUCGAUUAUUAUAUGGAAUCUAACUUGAGAACAAUUCAAACUUUGGAAACAAUUGCUAAUAGAAUUGCCAAUAUGACUCCAGAACAAAAGGUCAACUUCAAAUUACCCCCUGGAUUGGGUCAUACUUCUUCCACUAUUUAUAAAAAGGUUAUCAGAAAGAUUUAUGACAAGGAUCGUGGAUUUGAAGUUGUUGAUGCCUUGCACGAAAAUCCAGCCAUUGCAGUUCCAAUUGUUUUGAAGAGAUUGAAGCAAAAGGAUGAGGAAUGGAAGAGAUCUCAAAGAGAAUGGAACAAGGUAUGGAGAGAAAUGGAACAAAAAGUGUUCUACAAGUCCUUAGAUCAUUUAGGUCUUACUUUCAAACAAGCCGAUAAAAAGUUGUUGACGGCAAAGCAAUUGGUCAGUGAGAUCAGUACAGUUAAGGUCGAACAACAGAAUAAAAGAUUACAUCCAUUGACUCCUAAAGCACAAGAGCAGUUAAAUUACGAAUUUAAGGAUAAUGACGUCUUGAUGGAUAUCUUGAAAUUAUGCGAUGUUUUCAUCAACAAGUCUUCAAAUUACUCUGUAAAUGAUAGAGAAAAAUUGAGCCAGUUCUUCAGAUCUUUCUUGUCGCUUUUCUUUGGAAUUCCCAGUGAAACUAUCGAAUCUGCCAUGUUGGACAGAUCGAAGGAAGCAGGGAAAUCUGAAGGCCUUCCAUCUCAGCAAUCUGCCACCCCUGAAUCUAGUUCAUCGACCGAGGGUUCAUCCAAGAAGCGUGGCCGCGAGCACGAUCUUUUACGUGAUGUUUUGAAGAAGCAAUCAAAGUCCAAGAAGGAUGAAACUGUAGAUUCUCCAAACCAUCAAAGUGAAUCCGACGAACAAGAGUAUUCUGAAGAAAUUGAAAAAUCUGGAGAACUCUGGAUCAAGACUACCUCCAAAAAGUUUGCGCUUAAAAAUAACAACAUUGAUGUUGAAAAAAGAAGCAAAUAUUACUUAUUCGGUAACACUACCAUAUAUGUGUUUUUCCGCCAUUUGAGAACCUUGUAUGAAAGAUUGGUUGAAAUAAAGGCUAUGAACGAAGUUGUAGGCAAAGAGAUUCGUAGCCGCAAGGUUGUUCAAUUUGCUAAGGACUUGAAUUUGAUUUCGCAUCAAUUGGAAGACUUGAACAUUCAACUUACAGGAUCUAAGGACUGUUACAAACAACUUUUGGAUUUAUCUGAAAAGUUAAUUGAAGGUGAACUUGAACACCAGUGGUUUGAAGAAACUAUUCGUCAAGGCUACAGAAACAAGGCUUACAAGAUUUAUACUGUCGAUAAAGUUGUUCAAGCAAUUGUGAAACAUAUGCAUACCGUGGUAUCAGACCAUAAAACUUCUGAGAUGGUUGUGUUGUUCGAAAAUGAUCGCUCAAAGCCCACUUCCACCGCUAAAGACCAAAUCUUGUACCGUAUGCAAGUAAGGGCAUUAAUGUCCACAGAUGAAAACAUGUUUAAGAUUUCCUUGGAUGACACUGAUAAUUCUGUUAAUAUUCAGUUUGUAAGUCUUGAUGAUCUUACGAUAAAUGACCAUCAAAAUGCCGAAGAAAAGUAUAACUAUUACGUAACUAGUUACGUGAUGUCACACCCUACCGAAGGUGUGAAAGCUUCUAAAAUCAAUAUGCCAUUUUUGAAAUCAUUUAUUGAAAAUAUAGAUGAAGAUCAAUGCGAAGGUUUUGUAAGUGCAGGCUUGAAGGUUUCUGUUUGUGAAAAUUCAUACAGAUUGUUCUUUGAGGCUGACACUCAUGAUGAAUUUACUUCCAAUUUUGUUUAUCAAAAGCCUCAAGAUUCUUCCAAAUCUACCAGGGCAACUAAACUUGAAGCUCUCAAGAAUUUGGUUGAAGAUAAAGAUUUUGGAUGGAAGCUGACUUUGGAAGCGUCUGAUGAUGCGACCGCGUUAGAGGAAAAAGCCAAGAUUUUGUUAACAGAGGGUGCCGAGGCAUAUCAAGAAAAGAGUAAACAUGUUAUUGAGGAGCCAGUGAAAGAAUCCGAAGGUGAUGUUGAAAUGACAGAUGACAAAACCGUGGAAGAAAAGGAAACAAAUUCUAGUGAGGGUAAUCAAGCCGACGAGACAGCUGUAAAGCCAGACGUUACUGUAGAUGCUGAUAUGACUGUUGUUCAAGGUCAUAACGACACUACAAUUCAACAAGAAGGAAACGAUACCACUGCUGAUGACGUGACUGUUAACCAGGAAGAUACAACAAUGUUUGAAGAUGCGCAUAACACUACCCAAACGUAAUAAAAUUGGCGCUGUAUUAUUUUUAUGUACUUAAUUUUAAAUUUAUUGUAAAUUACAAAAGUGAUAUAUGUAAAGUUAUAUUUUUACUUAGUCCUAU